AUGACGAUACUGCCUAAACCGAAGAAAAUGAUAAAAAGCGCCGAACGGCAUACUUCACAGCAAACAGGGACUUCAUCUAGUAAAAGCAGUCAUUCUUUGGGUGCAUCUUCACCGGAAACUAAUAAACAACCAAGACAAAGUACUCCUGAGGAAAAUCCAGGUGCUCCGAUUAUUAAUUCUGAUGAUGAGGAUGGUUCCGGUUUUAAAGAUGAUAAUCUUGAAGCUUGGUUUGAGGAGCGUUUGCGUUGUGUACGUGGUCUCGUGAUCAAACCUGUUCGAGGGGAUGGAGCAUGUCUCUUUCGAGCUGUUGCGGAUCAGAUAUAUGGUGAUGAAGAAAUGCAUGACGAUGUUAGACGACUUUGUAUGGACUACAUGGAGAAGAACAGUGAUCAUUUCUCACAGUUUGUGACAGAAGAUUUUCAUGACUACAUUACACGGAAACGGCGUCGUGAUGCUCAUGGAAAUCAUGUCGAAUUGCAAGCAAUUUCGGAAAUGUUUUCACGCCCAAUCGAAAUUUAUGAGUAUUGCACUGAGCCCCGAAAUAUCUCCAGCUCUCGUCUAGAUUCCUCCCCUUCCGCAGAACCGAACCCACCCAUUCGUCUUUCAUAUCAUGGUGCAAUUCAUUAUAAUUCAGUCAUUGAUCCGACUAAAGCGACAAUCGGAGUUGGUUUGGGAUUGCCUGAGUAUUCACCUGGAGCAGCGGACAGAAGCCUAUUACAAGAAGCAAUGCAGAAAUCGGAAGUUCAAAUGAUCGAGGAUGCUAUGCUGCAUGAUAAAAUUAAAAUGACUGAUUUUGAGCGUACAGAGCAAGAUAUUAGUGAACAGAUAGCUCGACAAUCUUACUUGGAUUAUUUAAAAAGUCUUAGUAAAACUGGAAAUGCUGAAAUGAGAGAAACAGCAUAUGCAGUUUCGGAACCAGGUUGCUCACAUACAAAUGUUCGACCUCAGGAAAGUAGUGAUGGCGUAAUAGGUGCCAACGAAUGGUUUCAUGCAGCAGGAUCGGAUGCCGAGGAAAACGCAUUGUUGGCACAGGUAAUGGCGCUUUCACAACAAGAAUUUAUGAAUUCAUUAAAGAAGAAAUCAACAAAGGAGCAAAAUGAUGCUGAUCAAGCUGGUUCUAGCAAGUCGUCGUAG